AUGGCCAGCAGCAAGUGGUGGGAGCAGGCGGCUCUGGACUUCCCGCCGCCGCAGCAGCACCAGCACCAGCAGCCGCAGCCACACCACCAGGCGCCGGCGCUAGCCACGGCGCCAGCAGCUCCCACGGCGCCCGCGGGGGCCUCGCCGGAGGGCGGCGGCAAGCAGCAGGGCCAGCAGCAAGAGGCGGGGGCGGCGGCGGGGGCCAUCGUGCCGCUGCGUCGGCCGCGGGGCCGGCCGCUGGGGUCCAAGAACAAGCCCAAGCCGCCGGUGAUCAUCACGCGGGACAGCCCCGACGCGCUCCACUCGCACGUGCUCGAGGUGGCGCCGGGCGCCGACGUGUCCGCGUGCGUGGCGGAGUACGCGCGCCGCCGGGGCCGCGGCGUCUGCGUCCUGGGCGCGUCGGGCGCGGUCGGGGACGUGGCCGUGCGCGGCGCCGCGGCGCCGCUCCGGGGGCGGUUCGAGCUCCUCUCCGUCACGGGCACCGUGCUGCCUCCACCGGCCCCGCCCGAGGCGUCGGGCCUCGCCGUGCUCGUCUCCGCCGGCCAGGGCCAGGUCCUCGGCGGCUGCGUCGUGGGCCCGCUCGUCGCCGCCGGGCCCGUCACGAUUUUCGCCGCGACCUUCGCCAACGCGGUCUACGAGCGCCUCCCGCUCGCCGAUGCCCCCGAGCUCCUCGACGUCAAGCCCGACCUCUCCACCGCUACCUCGGCUGGUGGGCAAGAUGUGCAGCAGCCACAGCUGCCAAUGGUGCCCUCCCAGCAACCUCCUCUGGCCAUGGGCGCGGGCGGCUACGCUGACCACCGCUCGCCGCCGUACCCGUGGGGAGGCGGCGUAUGA